CCAACUAGGCCAGAGAUUGUGGUUUCGUGCUUGCAGCAUAUGCACACAAAAACAUGGGGGACAUUCUCGAAGAAAUCCUGAAAAUUGUGGAGCGAGUGGGAGAUAUAAAAUCAGAAGAUGUAGCAAGCUGGCUUGAAAAGGAUCAUCAGCAGAUUGUCGGGGCAAUAAAAAGUCUACAAUCCCUAGGAAAACUUAUUGAGGCCGAGCAGCAGACCUCAAAACACUGGGAGCUGACUACAGAAGGGACGCAGAUCGUCAAUAAUGGCAGCCAUGAAGCAGCAUUGUACAACGCCAUACCAACUGAGGGUAUCUCUCAGGCUGAACUCAUGAAGACUGUUCCCAAUGCUAAGAUAGGAUUCAGCAAGGCAAUGUCUGCAGGAUGGUUGGAGGUGAAUAAAAAGUGUGAAGGUGGUCCAAGAGUACAGAGGAAGAUCUCAUCUAUUGAAGACAAAGUCCAAGCACAACUCCAAAAGAUUAGACAAGGGAACAUAGAAACAGUUACAGAGAAGGAAAGGACAGAACUUAAGAAGAGAAAGCUAAUCACUGAAGUAACAAGAAAUACUUUCAUGAUCAAGAAAGGAGAAGAGUUCAGCACAAAGAUACAGAAACCUGAGACAGAUCUUACUCCUGAUAUGAUUAUGAAGGGUACAUGGAAAGACCAUAAGUUCAAGGAUUAUAACUUUGAAGCUCUUGGGGUCAUGCCCCCGUCAGGUCACCUUCACCCUCUCCUCAAGGUCAGGUCACAGUUCAGGCAGAUCUUCCUUGAAAUGGGAUUUUCUGAAAUGCCAACCAACAACUAUAUUGAGAGUUCAUUCUGGAACUUUGAUGCUCUCUUCCAACCUCAGCAACAUCCAGCCAGAGAUAGCCAUGAUACCUUCUUUAUCAAAGACCCUGCGAAUGCCACUCAGUUUCCCAUGGACUAUCUUGAGAGGGUGAAGACAGUGCACUCCAAGGGAGGUUAUGGCUCACAGGGGUACCAGUAUGACUGGAAGAUAGAAGAAGCUAGGAAGAACAUUCUGAGAACACACACCACAGCCGUCAGUACAAGGAUGCUGUACAAGCUUGGUCAACAGGAGACAUUCACACCAGUCAAGUACUUCUCAAUCGAUAGAGUGUUCAGGAAUGAGAGUUUGGAUGCCACUCAUCUAGCCGAGUUUCACCAGGUGGAAGGUUUGGUGGCAGACUACAACCUUACACUGGGUGACUUGAUUGGAAUCAUCUAUGAAUUCUUCAAGAAACUAGGCAUGUAUAAGUUACGUUUCAAGCCAGCCUUCAAUCCCUACACCGAGCCAAGCAUGGAGAUUUUUGGCUAUCAUGAAGGACUGAAGAAGUGGGUGGAGCUAGGUAACUCAGGAGUCUUCAGACCAGAGAUGCUGCUUCCUAUGGGUCUACCAGAAGAUGUGGUGGUCAUUGCCUGGGGGCUGUCAUUAGAAAGACCAACCAUGAUCAAGUAUGGAAUGGACAACAUCCGUGACCUCUUUGGACCAAGGGUCAACCUUCAGAUGGUGUAUGAUAAUCCUAUAUGUAGACUAGAUAAGUAAACAAAUUUCAUGUGUAGUAUAUGAUAAUCCUAUGGGGAAAAAACACAAUACCCUCUUCCAUUGUAUUUGUGUUGAAUUUAAAACGAAAUGAUGCCCUUUUCUAUACAUGUAGUAUGUAAGGUCUCUGUUAAAGUGACCAUGCAAUAUUUUGGAUUUUAUCAAUCAACUAUUUAUAUUGAACUAUUAUAGUUUUGGGCUGUUCAAAGCUAUAAUGAAAUAUGCAGAUAUUGUUGACCCCUGAUCGUGCUCCUUGUAUAUCAACGGCCUAUAUUAUUGAUCAUUUUAACCGUACUUGAUUUAUUAUUACAGGUAAUAACAUCUAAAUGAUAUAACCAAUCCAAGUCUAAGAUAUGAACAGCAUAUAUGCAAACAGCACAUAUGAAGCGACAUGUUAUUCCUAAAAAAAAAAUUGUUUACAAACUGCAUUCCACACUGCAACAAAGAAAGAUCCAACUAUGAAGUGACUUUCAUUCUUAUUUACAUUUAUCUUCAUAGAUUUAUGGUAUUCUGAGUUAAGUCAUAAGGCAGGCCUUCUCAACUGGCGGCGCGCGCGGUCAGUCGGAGUGGCGCGCGGCUGUUCCAAAAAAUGAAUACAAAAUAAAUAAAAGUUAAAAAUCAAAAAUUAAAGAAAGAAAAAAUUUAAAAAUUUUUGACAUUUUUUUGUGUUUAUUGCACCAAAAUAACUACAUAUAAAUUACCGGUAACUUGUACUAAUUAUUUCACAUCAAUAUGAAAUUAUGAUUGAUGUUUUUAUGGAACAAAAAGGUAUUAAAAAUGCCACUUCUAAGGGCUUCGCCCCCUGGACCCCACCCAGUAUCGGAUCGGUCGCUACGCUCCCACACAACACAGUCACCAAACAUACAGGUUGGCACUUCAACCUCAAUAAAUAUUUGUUUUGGCACUUCUAAUAAACCAGUUGAGAAGGCCUGUCAUAAGGGAACCAAACGCAAAAUAUAGUUUUGGGCAAAUAGGUGAAGAUUUUUUCUUGUUUUCUGAUAUAAAUCUCAUAGCCACUACUGUAUUCUUUUUUCCUGCAUACACUUCAGUUUCAUUAGAAUGAAAACAUUCCUACAACAGGUGGGACUAGUCUGUGAUUGUUUGCCUCAACUUGGACUGAAAGUUAAGCAAUUAUGUAACCUUUCACAGAGCCAGCACAUAUAUAUUUUAAUUUGGAAAUUCAUUACUCAUUACUUUUCACCCAUUCUUUGUAUGCUUCCUCUUUUAUUUCUCUCGUCAAAUUAUAAAUCAUAAAUCACUUUUGUUAAAACAUGGCAAGUAUGAAAUGUGCAGGACCAUGCAGUUAUGUAUUCUACAGGAUAUGACAACAAUGACAGCUUUUGCAAUAA